AAUUCAUCCCACCCGUGGACCACAUGCAAGGCCAUCUCCACCUUAAACAUGGAUCCCGCAGCAUUCCAAGCGACAUAAUUCGGAAUUAUAGUGAAUAAUUUCCAUGCCGAAUACACGAUCUCUCCACCACAAUCCUCAAGAUGUCGCCAAUAGCAACGCGGUGAAUAAUGCUUCGGCAGGGUUGCAAGCCAGCAACACUGCGCGUAUUCGCCCGACCAGCAUCCGCACGCGUCUACAGCAGCAGACCGCACAGCGAGGGGGACAACCGUCCUCCUCUUCAUCCAUCACAGUGGCACGACACCGGACGCACAGCACUCCACAAUCUGUCGGUGAUGUAAACUUGCCGGAGCUCAAUCUCCACGGUUUAUCGUCGACCGAGGAAGAUACGGACGAUGCCUCCGUGGCACGAGCAGCGAUCACAUCUCGGAACCUCUCUCAGCGACCACGUCAACCGCGUUUAGUGCGCCAGGCUGCACGCCGCCCGGUGAGGACAGCUUCACCUGCGGACGGGCGCGGUCUACGAACCACCGCGAAUACAGCCACGAUCCGAGGCGAUGUUAAUGGCACCGCGCAUUCCCGCCCCAGACAGCGACUAAAUCCUCAAUCGCAACCUGCUUCAGGCCAUGCUGGGAACGGUGGGAAACACGAAGAGGAAGAGUCGGAUUUCAUGAACCGACAAGCCGAUGGCAGUUAUCUUCUGGGGCUGUACACUAGCGACGGAAAUGGGCCUGGCACAUCGAGCCGAUCAUUGGGAUUUGGAGCAUCUGUUGGUGCUGGCGGAAUCCCAUGGGCGCAGCAGGAGCAGGAAGAUUUUUUGAACGCACAGAAAGACGAGGAAGAAGAAGGUACGUGGAUGCUGACAUACCGCAGAGAUUGUCAAGGCCGCACAACACCUGUGGACAGGAACAUGAUUGUGUUCCAUUCGUGUGCGCCGUGAGGGUUCUCCGCGGUCUGCCAACGGAUGCAUUCCAUUGUUGAUGCACGAGGCAAAGAAUGACAGGGAAUCUCGGCGCUAACGGUCUCCCUCAUAUAGCCGCACAUUAUUCGUUGAUCGCUCGCAAGUUCUUCGCCGCCGGUUACGCUCUUGAUGGACACGGCAGCAAACAUGCACAUGAAGGUAAAGCUUCUCCUUUCCAC